UUCCGUUUCCGCCUUCUUUGGCUGACUGUCGUUAAAGCGGUACCAAACACGGUUUAAAGAUGAACACGGUUCUGUCCAGAGCUAACUCUCUGUUCGCCUUUUCUCUGAGCGUCAUGGCGGCUCUGACGUUCGGCUGCUUCAUCACCACCGCCUUCAAAGACAGAAGAGUCCAGGUGGACAUCCGCGUUUCCAAAGUUAUGCUGAAGAACGUAGAUGACUUCACCGGACCCAGAGAACGGAGCGAUCUAGGUUUCAUCACCUUUGACGUCUCAGCUGAUCUGCAGCCCAUUUUUGACUGGAACGUCAAACAGCUGUUUCUCUACCUGUCUGCAGAGUACGCCACCAAGAGCAAUGCUCUGAACCAGGUGGUGCUGUGGGAUAAGAUCGUUCUUCGAGGUGAAAACACCAAAUUGAUCCUCAGAGACAUGAAGUCCAAAUACUUCUUCUUCGACGACGGGAACGGACUCAGGGCCAAUAAUAACAUCACCCUCACGCUGUCCUGGAACGUUGUUCCCAACGCUGGAAUCCUCCCACUGGUAGCCGGAAGUGGACAAGUCAGCCUGCCUUUCCCAGGGACGUACGAGACCACCAAGAGCUAUUAGAGAGCUGCAGCCUCGCUGUUCCUUACUGCUUCUUCUCGAUGUAAAUGUUGGUUUGUAAUAAAAACAGACACUGAA